GGGCAGAGAAUCGACCCACGUGGUAUACAUGGACAACUGCUUUACGGUCAUCCCACUCAACGAUGAGGAUUACGACACCAUCUGGCUUUAUUGUUACUGUAGAGAUAGAUCGUUUUUAUUUAUGAAUUAUAUUUGCAAUCUUCAUCGAAGCUAGUGUGUCUAAAAUUUGGUACUGACAAGUUGUGAAACAGAUAGCAAAUUAUCCAGUAGGAAUUAGAAACCGCGGAAUUCUGUACUGGCUGUGAUCAAACGUAUUACUUAGGCGUUUUCCUUUACAAAGAAAAGGGUUUUGUUUGACAACGAUCUGAACCAGCAAUGCUGACACCCCUUCAGCAGAAAGUGGAGGUUGGCUGUCAAUCAGAAUAGAGCAGAGGCGGGAUUUCCCAAAUGUGUGCCAGUGCGAGAUCCAGAUGAGGAGAUAGGUUGUUUACCUCGUCCGCCCCCUCGCUGCAAACUUCACAUUACGAGAAGGACAAACAGGCAUUAUUUGAAUUCAGCGACUUAGCCAAGACAUACAUUGGUCUUUGGCCUAUAAUAGUAUUGUCCUUGUAAUAUAAUUUACAAUUGCACCAGCAUUGUAUUAAAUAGCCUGCAUAUAAUCCCUGACCACGUUUUGAGUCAGCGUUAUUAUUUUAACCAUCCAUAGAAAAAUAUAGAUUGAUUCUCUUGUUGAAUGUCAGUUGUCAGUUCGGUGUAUGUGUGGUAACAACAUGUCAGCGCCGCUUCCUGCCAUAGUCCCCGCUGCUCGGAAAGCCACUGCUGCGGUUAUAUUCCUGCAUGGACUUGGGGACACUGGACAUAGCUGGGCAGAGAUGUUUGCAGGGAUCCGAACAUCUCAUGUGAAAUACAUCUGCCCUCAUGCGCAGUAUAGGCGUAUCUUUACUAGAUACAUCCACCGUGGCAGCUCCUGGGGAAGGCCAAUAAUGCCUGUUACGUUAAAUAUGAACAUGGCCAUGCCUUCUUGGUUUGAUAUCAUUGGACUUAGCCCAGAUGCAGAAGAAGAUGAUUCUGGAAUCAAACAGGCAGCAGAAAACAUAAAGGCACUCAUAGACCAAGAAGUAAAGAACGGAAUUCCUUCUCACAGAAUUGUUUUGGGUGGAUUUUCACAGGGAGGUGCAUUGUCUCUGUACACAGCCUUGACAUCUCAACAGAGACUGGCAGGUGUGGUAGCACUAAGCUGCUGGCUUCCACUGCGUAGCUCUUUUCCACAGGCAGCAGCCAAUAGUGUGAACAAAGAAAUCAGCAUCCUGCAGUGCCAUGGGGAGGCUGACCCUCUGGUACCUUUAGUGUUUGGGUGUCUUACUGUUGAGAAGUUAAAAAGUAUUGUCUCUCCAGCUAAUAUCAACUUUAAGACAUAUCCAAGAAUGCCACACAGUUCCUGCCCUCAGGAAAUUAUGGAUAUCAAGCAGUUCAUUGAAAAGCAACUACCUCCAAUCAGUUAAUGACACAGCAGAAGCCUUUUGAUAAUGCACCAGCACCAGCGAUGGACUGACUCUGAAUUCUUCCACUUACCUGUGCCCCCACUCUCACCCCCAACUCGGCAAUACUCUAGAGACCUUGUUUUUACACUUGCUGUAUGUAGUGAUCAUGCAGUUAAAUUGUGAAAAUGGUUACUUUAUGGUCUUUACACUACAGUGUUACAGAGAGCAUAUUUAGGUGGUUUGUGCCUCAUGACAUUUGUUGUGGCUGUAACUGCUGGCUUUAAAAUAUAAAUGUUUUCUUCUUCUGGGUAAACAUUUUAUAUUUUGAUCACAAGCUGUACAGUAAGCUCAAUAUAACAUGUAUAGAUAUACAUUUUCAGUGUGAGGAACUAAUGGAACAGUAAAUGUAACAGGAGAACUGAAUUUUUUGUUUAACCCAUUACUAUUAACACUAAACUUUGUGUUCAAAUGAAAGAUGUUGACCUUUUCAGUCAGUUAAAAAAAAAUGUUUUGAAGUAAACAUACAAAACAAAAACAUUAAAUGUACAAUUAAAUGAAUACAAAUUAAUAGGCUUCUGCGUAUUUCUAAUGAGAAUGUGUACAACGUAAUUAAAUUGCUAUCACCCCUUUACUAAUA